GCUCAUUCGGUAUGAUCAUGUCGAGUCGAAAUCUCCGGUGACGCAUCGACUACUGUGUCGGUACAUGAUCUGGAGGAUGCGCCUCAUGUAAGUCAAGCCAACUGUGACGGUCACAGUCAAAUAUAAUAGAAGUCUGCACAUUAAACAAACCUUCACAGCUACUUUGCCAACCGAAGAAGUAAAACAAGACCAACAACAUUAGAGCGUAAUCUCUUUCCCCACAUCGAGUCGUUUUAACUUGUACUCGCUUGCCGAAGAGCCUGAGCUUUUUGUUUUGUCUUUAUUCAGUUUUGGCUUUUGCACUGCAUAGUACUAAACCAACUUAAUAUUUAUUUGCGAACUACGUACUGGCACUACAAUUGAGGCCGAUCACAGAUCCAAGUAACUAAACAAACUGCACAAGCAUAGCCUAGUGCUCGUUCUUCUACCAUAAAAUCUACAAAAUAAAAUGUUGGCUACUUCGCGGCGCGUGAUUGUCUCGUUGCUGGUGGGAUCGACCGCUGGUGGUGCCUUUGGUCGUGAGUUUACUGACCCAGUCAGAGGUGGGAAGCGUCGUGCGCCGGGCUACCAGAAACUACUCAAUACCUUUUUUGCUCCCUCCAGACACGACUCCUUGUCCUUCGCCAUAUCAAAUGCAAAAAUGUCUGGGUCUGGAAGAUUGCCAGGCUUGUCAUGCAGUCUUUCCAAGCUCCCCCACGUCUGGAAUGCAGGGCCUAGCAUUACAGGUUUUGCAGCUCCUUGGUGAUGCGUAUUCUGCAUGAGAAAUCGACUCACAGCAUGGCCAGAAGUGGGCACCUUUUGCACGUUACGCAUCACAGAUCUUUGUAGGAUCCGAAACACGCAUCACAAGUACGGAGCCUUCCAGAUCCAGACAUUUUUGCAUUGGAUACGCCAGGUCCGUCGACGAUCUUCUGGGUCCGGAUCUGAGCGAUGCGCGCCAAAAGUGGUAUGAGAGUGCCACAACCCCCCCUCCCCCUCAUUUGUCAUGCAAAAGCCCAAAUCCAAGUUCUUCCCUGUGGCACUGUUUGCAUGUUGACAGAUUCCGGAAGCCCAGACAGUACUACACUAGGCGCAUGAAUUUGUCUUGCACAGGGUGCCCGUGUGGUGGUGUUGGUCUUGCUGUUCAUGCAAUACAAGCAAGGGGGAGGGCGAGUUGUGCACUCUCAUAAGUGGGAAAACGGGCACAGGAGCGCUACGAGUGACAAAGCUACUUCUCUGAAUGUCUACACCUCUUAUUCGGAGCGACACGAUAAAGCUGAAGAACGCUUCCAGCGCCGAGCCCGCAAUCGGAUGUUAUGCAUUGCAAAUAUGCCUGGGUCUGGAACUUGUAAUGCAAGGAAGGGAAUAACGCGAACGCUAUAAUUAUGCGCUGCCCAGCACGACAAGUUCUUCCGUGGAUCUGCGUUGCGUCCUCCGCAUGAGAAACUGCUUUUUUGCAUGACAGGCAAAAGGGGCCGCCCUUCGCGGCCACGCAAUACAGAGUUCAACGUCAUACCAGACUACCAUGACAAAUCUCGGAAUCUUCCAGACCCAGACAUAUUUGCAGUUGAUAGAUGUCCGAGUCCCCCCACACUGGGAGGACGUGCUUCUCUCCUGGCUUGAAUUACGAUUUGCCGAAGGGGUUUGACUUCCGACCCAGAAAGGCUCCCAGAGCCGUAGACUCUCCUUUUCUUAAUCUUGUCCGCGACCUUUUUUUCGCUGGCCCCGCUAUGAUGUUUGACCUCAGCCACAUUGAAGACCUCCAGCGCCAGCGAAGGGAUAUUCUUCAGAAGACUGCCAUUGAGAGUCGCGCCACCAGCUCCCAGGAAAGCGCCCGCGCGGCGAAUUGGCCAGAGACAACUAUAGGAAAUAUGAAAAAUUCCGAAGACAGAUCGCAGGCUAUCUAUGAAGCAAAAAAAAAAAAGCCCUCGCGCCGCCUUGCAUUUUUAGCAUCGGGCCCGCAGAGCAAUGCUUUGCUGCUCACUCCGUGGCGCCUUCUGUCCCCCCAGCUAGGAGCUCUGUAAGUGACUGUCACCGUGCCCAAGAGGCGACAUCUUGCAAUCUUUUCCUGCUCGUUCGAGGAAAAAAGGCCAGAUGAACGCGCGCUUUACUUAUUUUGAACGAGCCGGUAGAUGAACGCGGGCGCGCGUGUGCUUUUUUUUGUAGCAUAGCAGACAGCAUGUUUUUAUCGAGAAGCUCCCUGCUUCUUUUGUCGGCGGUUCCAGGACAGCGUGGAUCGAUGUUACGUUCUCUCGCCCUGGCGCCACCGUGAUGUCCGCGCAGAAGGAUAAGGGCGACGACGACGUCCGAGAAGUAUCCGUGGAGUGGGGAGUUAAUAACCGCGCAAACCAGCCCGCUCUCAAGCUGAUUUGCAAACUUCGGUACCUUGAAACGGCGCCAGAGAAAGGCAUGGAAGUGGUUUCGUUUUCUUUCGGUAGUUAUCAAAUGCAAAAGUGUCUGGGUCUGGAAGAAUCCGAACUUGUGAUGCUGCAUUUGGAUUUCAAAAAGAUCUGUAUUGCAUAGGCAGCAAAGAGAAUGCAACUUUGGCUACGCGAAGAGGGAAUUUCUCAUGCGGAAUAGCCAUUGCGAAGCCCUCAAAAAGUCUGUGAUGCUGGGGCAUGCAUCACAGACAUCAUGGCCCAUGCAAAACGUGCAUGACAAGUCUCAGAAUCUUCCAGACCCAGACAUUUUUGCAAUUCAUAGUGGUGAUCAAACUGGAAGCGAAGACAACGUGGUCACCGUGCACAUUCCGGACGCGCUGCGCCGUAUGUCUGAAAGCGAAGCCUGCCAGAGCGAAUCGGCGCCGCGGAAGAAAGUUGUCAAGAAAGCUAUCAAGAAGAAAGCUACCAAACACGGAGCCGCACCAAAGCGGCCGACUGACGUCUAUCAAAUGCAAAAGUGUCUGGGUCAGGGUGGAACUUGUGAUGCGUCCUGUGGGUCACACAAAAAUCUGUGCUGCGUGAUCACCAAGAGUUGUCCUUUCUUGACCAACAUGAGCGGGAGUUUCUCAUGCAGGAUAGGCAUGAUAGAGACUUCGCAGAAUCUGUCAUGCUAGGUCCUGCAUUCCAGACCUCAUGGGGCAUGGAAAAUAUGCAUGCCAAGUCUGCACUCUUCCAGACCCAGACGCUUUCGCAUUUGAUAACAUCGCGGGAGUGCGGCUUCCCACUUCCCAAGGUGGACGCCGUGCCAAAAAGACUGUCGACCGCCUGAAUCGUGGCAGCUCUUCCUCGGUGCCCACGCAGCCGAAGGCAGACCUGAACCAAAAAAGCGAUGUCAAAAAUACUGUCGAGCGGCACGACGUUCCUUCUUUGCACCAGGAGGAGGAGUUUUUGGAUGAGUCCGGUUUCGAUUUUUACAUGAUGGGCGAGUAG